AUGGCUGUGGUGCGGCUAGCAGCGGUGGCAGCCUCUUUGGAGCUACUGCAGCCAAUCCGCUCUUCGGAGCCAGCUCGGGUGGCACUGCCAGCAGUGGUGGUGGCCUGUUUGGCGGUACUCCGGCCUCGAGCGGUGGUAGCCUCUUCGGGGCUAGCUCGGGUGGCGCUGCUAGCAGCGGCGGAGGACUGUUUGGGGCCACCCCAGCUUCCAGCGGGGGUGGCCUGUUCGGUGCUGGCUCGGGUGGCGCUGCCAGCAGCAGCGGUGGACUUUUCGGCGCCGCUCCUGCUUCCGGCGGCGGCGGCCUCUUCGGGGCCAACUCGGGCGGUGCCGUCAGCAGCGGUGGUGGGCUCUUUGGGAGUACUCCGGCCUCCAGUGGCGGCGGGCUUUUCGGAGCUGGCUCGGGUGGCGCUUCUAGCGGCGGCGGCUUGUUUGGGAGCAGCCCAGCCUCCAGCGGCGGUGGCCUCUUCGGAGCGAGCUCGGGUGGCUUUGGUGCCAGCUCCGGCGGAGGAUUGUUUGGCGCAGCUCCAGCAAGCAGCGGCGGAGGACUUUUCGGCGCAUCCACUGGUGGCGGCAUGUGUGGAGCUUCGUCUUCUGGCAGCAGCGGUGGCCUUUUUGGCGCGGCGUCGGCAGGCAGAGUGUUGA